AUGUUAAAGAACCACUGUAGUUGUUUCAUGUCGUUCACAGGACCCGGUUCAGUGUUUUUUCGCUCCGUUGCCAGCAGUUGUAGCAAGAGGAGGAGCAUAUGCUGGAAGCCUCCACAAGCAUCUUCAUCAAUUGAUUUUCACCUCUCAAUGAGCAGUUCAGUGGGAAAAAGCAGGACAUCGAUUGAGGAAACAAGGAGUCUGCGAUUGAUAACUGCGGUUAAAACUCCAUACCUACCUAACGGCAAAAUUGAUCUUGAUGCAUAUGAUAACUUGGUGGAUAUGCAGAUAGCAAAUGGCAUUGAAGGUAUUCUUGUUGCAGGCUCAACUGGUGAAGGCCAACUAAUGACCUGGAGUGAACAAAUAAUGCUUAUUGCACACACAGUUAACUGUUUUAGAGACAAAGUUAAGGUUGUUGGUAAUGCUGGAAGCAACUGCACAUCAGAGGCAAUUAAGGCCACUGAGAGGGGUUUUGCUGUUGGAAUGAAUGCUGCACUUCAUAUAAACCCUUACUAUGGAAAAACCUCAUUGGAUGGUUUGAUUGCUCACUAUAACAGUGUACUUGCCAUAGGCCCCAUCAUCAUAUAUAACAUACCUACAAGGACUAAUCAAGAUAUUCCUCCUAGUGUAGUUCAAACCUUGGGUCAAAGUUCUAAUUUGGUUGGUGUCAAGGAGUGUGUGGGAACUGAGAGGAUCAAACAGUAUACAGAUGAAGGGAUUGUUGUAUGGACAGGAAUUGAUAAAAUAAGCCAUGAUGCUAGAUGGGAUUUUGGUGCUGUUGGAGUUCAAUCUGUUGCUGGCAACUUGGUUCCUGGUUUGAUGAGAGAACUCAUGUUUGAAAGUAAGAAUCUGAUUCCUCUAUUUGAUUGGCUUUCUCAAGAGCCUAUCCCUAUUGCUUUGAACACUGCUCUUGCUCAACUUGGGGUCAUCAAACCAGUUUUCAGGCUACCCUAUGUUCCCUUGCCUGUGGAUAAAAGGAUAGAGUUUGUCAAUUUGGUGAAGAAAAUGGGUCGAGACCAUUUUGUUGGAGAAAAAGAUGUUCAAGUUCUUGAUGAUGAUGACUUUAUCAUAACGAAGGUGAAUGGAGGGCGGAGGUCCGUGAAGGAGCGCCUUAAUGGGAAUGGUACUAGUGGUCUUACUCGGCUGCACUACAAAAAAGCAAAGCCUUCAACCCUUUUGUUUGAACUUGUUCUUUCUUACUACUCUCGGGGUAUUAUGGUUGGCAUGAUCAUGGAGUUCAGAUCCAAGUCAUGCAGAGAUGAAAGGCUCCAGAUUGAAAGCAACGGUGGAGGCAAGGUGGCCCCAACAAGCAUGCAAGAUCUGAGGUGUCAGAGUGCUAAAAAUGCUUCUUCUGGUCGUGCACACCAGAUAGGUAGCACUGGUAAGGAGGUGAAG